GCCAAAACGGAGGAGCGCAAAGCCUACAUCUCAUUUCUCUCAAUUCACCUGCUCACCCCACUUACGAAACCAUUCUGGACACGGUUGAUGUGCUUCUCUACAUGACUUUAUUUGAGACGGGAGUGGAUGCUUUAUAGAUUUCAGAUCAUGUGCUGUUUUGUGGAUCGACUGCACUUGUUGCGCUAAGAGGAUCAGUAGAAUCUAACGGACCUAAAGAUAUUCAAAGAUCGGCGCACUGUUGAAACAUCGGUGUAUUUUCAUUUCGCAGAUUUUUUUCUUCCAAAAAAAAACUAAAUAAAGAGGAUAUCUACAUCUUGCCCGAGAUGCCAGUGUUAAUGAGUCCCGAGAUAGCGAACAAAUUCAAAGAGAAAUGGAUGAUGCUUCAUCCGGAGGAUCAGGACAACGUCAGCGGCUCUAUUCAUUUCGACGACAGUCUCACCAGUCUGCACUGGCUGCAGAACUUCUCCAUCCUGAGUGCCAAUCCGGAGAGGACUCCCACUUUCCACCCGCAACACCUUUUCUAUCACAAAAACCAGCUGGGGGGAACCGACUCGCCUUCCAGCCCACCUGCCGGAGAUACCGCGGCCACGGGGAUGCCACAGACACCUGGCAACCCCACAACGUCCUGCAGCAGUUUGAUGAAUGCGUACGUCCACCAACAAACCGGACACUACAUAACGGCGCAAACAAAUCCAUCUGAGGAAAUAGAGUAUAAAACAAACCGCCACGUAAAGCCACCUUAUUCAUAUGCCACGCUCAUUUGCAUGGCAAUGCAAGCCAGUAACAAAACCAAAAUCACACUGUCUGCCAUAUACAGCUGGAUCACAGAGAAUUUCUGCUACUACAGAUACGCGGAGCCUAGUUGGCAGAAUUCAAUCCGCCAUAACUUGUCCCUAAACAAGUGCUUCAUGAAGGUGCCCAGACAGAAGGAUGAGCCAGGAAAGGGCGGCUUUUGGCAAAUCGACCCCCAGUACGCUGACAUGUUCGUCAACGGCGUUUUCAAACGGCGGCGAAUGCCCGCCACAAACUUCAAUACCCAGAGACAGAGCAAAAUAUUAUCCUCACCCGGCUCCUCUUAUGGCUCUCAGUGCACCGGAACGGGAAUGGGUGACUUCCGAGGACCAGUCUUGGGAAACAAACGCAAGCAGGUCUUUCCCAAACGAGGAAGCAAGCUCACCAGGAUUUCCAAGUCGCCUCUGUUAGCCACCGAGAUCAAAACGUCAGACGUCUUGAGAGGAGAUUUCGACCUGGCCUCUGUUUUUGAUGAUGUUCUUAGCGGGAAUGACAGCACAUUUGAGGAUCUGGAUAUCAACACAGCCCUGAGCUCACUGGGGUGUGAGAUGGAAGUAUCUUCACAGAACCAGCACGGGAAUGGCUAUAGCAACGAGGACGAGCAGGCUUGUGCUUACCUGGAGGCGAACGGCAUGAUGGGAUGCAACAUGGAGGACUUUCACCAGCAGCAUCAUCACCAGCAUGUGCAGGCCCAUCCGCAAUAUUAUGAAGGAAUGACUCUGUUCCCGGAUCAGGUUCAGCAGCAGCAGCAUCAGCAGCACCCUUGGGAGAUUAAAGAGGAAGCCCAGGCCAUUCCACUUUCAAUGGAUCAUGGCUAUGGCCUCUGUGAGGGAUUCUUCUCGGAGAUGCAACUGUGGGAGAGAGCGGAGUCUUAUCUGUGACUUUACAGAUGAACAUGCACUGUCUUUGCUGGUCUGAAGACCUGUUGACUUUUGUUUUGCUACAUUAGCAUAAUGAAUUAUUGAAGAUGUGAAAAGUUCGAUGUAAUUAUUCUUUGUACGUCUUUUGCAUUUUUUAAGAACGUAUACCGAUUCAUUUAUAAUCACUUUUGGUCUUUGAAUUCUUGAUUCUUUGUUGAAAAUUUGUUAGGAUGCUGAUAAAUAUUGUUGUGGGACAAAUCUAGUUCUCUAGGAUAGCGACAUUUUGUUCCUGUAUUGAUUAAUCAAUCUAAUAUAUUCGCUUUAGUCGACCAGAUAUUUUAGGUGAUGUCAUACUUUGUAAAUCUAACAAGACAUAAAUAUAAAUUAGAUAUUGAAAAGGGAUGCAACAGGCCAACGUGCUUCGCAAUAUCAUUUUCAAAGACAAACCCGCACAAGCACUUUGAAACAUUAGCUCAGUUUGUUGGCCAGUGAUUUAGUCUAAUAAUUUAUUUUCUAUUGUUCACGAUGAUCUGCUACAAGAGUGAAGUAUCCCUUAAGAUGUCUCUUAUGUUUCAGAAUGCAACGCUUAGGAAUUUCUGAUGAAAUGUGGGAGGCAAUUUCAUGGCAAUGACUGUUCUGGAAGUGUACUUGUAUUGAUUCUUUUAGAAAUGAACAUGCAACAUGAAACAAAAUAUAUUCUGUACUUGAAUAAAAA